AUGUUGGACAACGUGGUGAAAUGUUACCCACCUUUUCCAGGGAAUGAGGCGAACUACUUACGUGCUCAGAUAGCUCGAAUCAGUGCUACAACACAGAUUUCACCUGAGGGAUUCUAUAUGUUUGGUGGCGAUGAUGAGGAAGAAGAGGAGGAAGAUGAAGAUGAUGAAGGUGGGGGACAAGAUCGUCAACGGUAUUCCAUGAAUCCAGAAUAUGAGCCCCUGCCAGUCAAAGAACUGGCGGAAACCGGCAAAUGGGUGCAUCAUAUUGGCUAUAUCCUCCCACAGGGUCGGUGUUCCUGGUUAGUUAACGGAAAAGCAGAGGCUAAUUGCCUAGAAAAUAGUUCAACUAAUCAGUAUAGUUGCUUCCUGGACACUUAUAAAAAGCGAUUUCAAGGGUAG